UAUGAAGUGUCCCGUAAACCAGACAAUAUGGCCAGUGGUAGACGAAGUCGAUACCUUCUUAGUAAUGUCAGUGAUGGCUAUAACUGCAUUGAGGUGAAAUGCCCCAAGAAGUCUAUGCAGAAAGUCAAGUGGUCGAGUGAAGAAGAUGAGAGGCUGAAGAGACUUGUGGCUGAACUCGGGACAGAUGAUUGGAAUUUGAUUGCAAACCAUUUCAAGAAAAGAUCUGAUUCACAGUGUCAGCACCGAUGGCAGAAGGUGCUUAACCCACAACUAGUGAAAGGGCCUUGGACAAAGGAGGAGGAUAAGAGGGUCAUUGAGUUGGUGCACAUUUAUGGCCCUAAGCGCUGGUCCAUCAUUGCCAAACAUCUUCAUGGGCGAAUUGGUAAGCAGUGCCGUGAGCGCUGGCACAACCACCUUAAUCCUGAGGUGAAGAAGUCAUGCUGGACUCAAGAGGAGGACGAGAUCAUUUAUGCAGCUCACAAACGUAUUGGGAAUCGCUGGGCAGAGAUAGCCAAGCUGCUGCCAGGCAGGACGGACAACUCUAUAAAGAAUCACUGGAAUUCCACCAUGCGUAGAAAGGUGGAGCAGGAGGGCUACCUGCAAGACACCCUGACAGAAGUCAAUAAGACAAAUGCUCCCAUCAAGCAACGAACCAUGUCCUCCUGCUCUUCUAUGAGGAGACAGAAUAAUUAUUUCAGCAGCCUGACUGAUGGCGGUCUGACCAACUCAACCCUGAAUAGCUUGGUUAACCACAGUAUGGAGGACCACGGUGGUUCUCCUGUCUACCCCCCAGUGUCUCCCACAAAGUUCUUGGCUGUAGAGGCCAGCUCCGUCCUCUCCUCCUUACGAACCAUUCCCGAGUUUGCAGAGACUCUUGAGCUCAUCGACUCGGAUCCAUUGGCCUGGAGUGAGGUUACAAGUUUCAGUCUGAAGGAAGUACCUUCGCCCCUGAAACAGAAAGUGACCCCUGUCACCCAGUUGGGAAUGUCAAAAGGAGCUAGUUGCCAUUUUAAUGACUCAGCCAUAUCUGGCCUGAGUAAGAACUAUGCUGAAGUGAUGCCUGCCCCCUCAACCAUCACGACCAAGCUGAGCAUACUUUCCCCCAUUCUGAAGAGGGAUAUGGGGGAGCAGUUCCCCGACAGUCAGUGCCACAGUGCAUGCUUUUUAGACAACAGCACUUCAGCACCUAGGAUCACUCCUGUUAAAGCACUGCCAUUCUCCCCUUCUGAGUUUUUCACUGUUUCUGGAGUUGACGACUUGACUCUAGAUAAUUCAGCUCUAACUUCAACCCCAGUUUGUGCCCGCAAACGAUCCAACACUACCCCCUUCCAGGAGUUAACAGCCAGGCAUCUGAAGGAGAAUUCUGGGUUGAAGACCCCUAAGGUUCGUAAAGCCAUCAUGCUACCCAUGCCACAAACUCCAACACCCUUCAAGACUGUCACGGCCAGUCAAGCAAAGAGGCAUUGCCUGUUUAAAAUGAUGUUGCAGCAGCCUGCGUCCUUGGCUUACCUGGAUGAAGAGGGGCUCAGAGAGGAAAGUGAGGUAGAUGUAUUAAAUCACGAGGAAACACCAUCAGAUUUCUGUUCCUGGAAGCAUGAGGCAGAUGCAUUGUCUAUGAGAAUAAGAAAAUCCCUGGAUGUGGAACCCUGGAGCACAGACUGCAACAAUGCUCAGCUGUAUCCCCAAGAGCAGUUCAAAAAUGUACAGAUCCAGGGGGAGAGCUUGCUGAAAAGCAGCCGUCUGAGGUCCUCCAUGCUGGGCUGUGAGGAGCUGGUGUGCUCACCGCCCCCCAUGGUGGUGUCAGACCAAGAAGAGCCCUGCCGUCACCUGCCCCAACAUGCCCUCCCCAUAGCUGUCAGCGAUGACUGUAACCCAGCUGUUAUCAGGAUCCUCCAUCAUCUAAACACAAGUGCCGAACGCAACCAAUCAGAGAUGAGCUGUGAGUGGGACGCUGUGCUUUUCGGGAAGACUGAUGAUCAGAUUACUGUAGCUGAGCAGGCCAGAAAGUUUCUCAGUUCCCAGGUACCUGGCCCUGCCUCCAGGACGCUGGUGCUUUGACCCUACUUCGUAGCUAACAUUAAGCCGAGUCCUAUGUCUAGUUGAUCGUAGGAGUUAGCAAGACGGCACAAACACUUAAAUUUUUUUGGUUUAACAGAGGUAUAACAGAAUCUAACUGUAGAUAGCAGAUUUUAGAUUUCCUAUUUUAAUUUUAUUCCAUAGGUUAAAAAGCAUUACCUCCUGUAUUUCACUAGGUGAACAUUUAUGAAUAUUUUGCACACUGAAGGUGUAGAAAAAUUAUAAAUCUUUAAAUGUUUUUAUGCAGCUUUUGAAGGUCAUCUGAAGGCGUUACUGAGAUUUUACUGCAAAACCAAACCCCACCUGAUCUGUAUUUUUAUUUCAUUUUUACAGUUAAUCAGUAAAUCAUGUUUGAUACUGAAUCCACCUUUUUAAAAUGUAUAUUGAAGGUGAAUUUUACUACUUUGCACAGACUGAACAUUUUCAAAUUGGACAGCAAUUUCAUGCAUCUCAAAUCUCUCCGUAAAUACAUGGACAUUUCAAAUAACAAAUUAUAUCUGCUCCAUAUUCAAUUUACAAAAAACAAAACAAUUUACAAAAUUCCACCUCCCAAACUCUUUCAAGGUAUGUGUUUAAGGUAUAGCAUACCCACUUUGUAUUGCUUAAAUUUGUGGAUGUUUGAAAUCAGAAGUCAGGGCGAUGGUGUUGGACUGUGUACAUAUUAUUUUACUGCUAGUGAGACAAAGAAGGUAAAGCAGUUAUUGGAGGGUCAGAAGCCAUUGUGACAGCACUGGCUGAGAUCCUUUCAUUUUUAUGUGGUUGAUGUACAAACUUAUAAGUACUCGUUCUAUGGGUUUCCAAAGUGUCCUUAUUUUUUUAUUCAAUCUAGAAACAUUUCAGUGGUAACAAAAUUGUAAUUGUAUAUGCAAGUAAAGCCAAUACUUUAUUAGUAAGAUUUAAACUGAGAUUUUAAA